AUGGAUCUUGUACCCAAGGUUGAGGAGGGAGAAAACCAACUUUCCUCGACACCUUCAACACGUAGAAGUCGUCGGGCUCCAUCCACCACCCCUAAAGCUUCAGCUCCCAAACGCCCCCGUAAUUCAACACCUAGAGGAAGAGGGAAAGGUCGUUCUAGUACUUCUGCAGCACGAACAAAAGCCGCAAAAUCUGCAGUGGGUGGUGAAGAAGAGGGCGAGGAUUUUACAGCUCUAGCAGCCAACGCCCUUGAUUACGUAGACGAAAGCUAUGGAGUUCAAGAGGAACCCUCUAGCGAUGAUGACGUUGAUGCUAAUGAUGAAGGGAGCGAUUAUGUUCCCGACGGGGCCGUAGAUCACAUGGAUGAUGAAGACUUCGAUGAAAUUCAAGGAGGGGCGUCAAGAAAUACCUCUCGCAGGCGUUAUCGGAAUCGUAGAUCUAACGCUAGAACAACUGGAACUUCUUCCACAAAUCUAGAUAUGGACGACUUGGAAGAUGACCAGGACCUCUCAGAUUAUGAAGAUGAUGAUGAUGGCAUGCAGGAAAGUAGGCUGCAUCUUCUAAAUGAGGUGUCGGCUAUGCAGGAUUCUAGCAGAUUGGAUGAGUCGGCAAUGGGUGGUCUUUUUUCCGACAUGUCGGGUGUGAAUCCUGUUGCAGGACCGAGUAAUACUGACCCCAGUGGAGAUAAAGAUAUAUACGAUUUUGAUGCACAGAGUAUUGCGUCGGAUAGAAGAUUCCGUAAAAUGAGACAAUCCGCGGGUACUAAGCAAAAUCGUAAGUCUGGAGGAACCCGAUCAAAGUCGACAAGAUCUGGCGCCCAAUCUAGUGCUAUUUGGGGUUCAAAUAUCUACGGUGCUUUGGCGACAUCCCUUAAAUCUCGCCCUGAUUUGGAUGCUUAUACGAAUUUCUUGAAGUGCCCUUAUCUCAACAGUUGCAUGGAUUCAAUGUUUGUGGAAAUGUGUAGACCCAGUAAUCAACAUAUGGGGGUGUUCUUUGGUCCUUCUGCAAGCUUGCAAAGUCUUAUGGGGCGUGUCAAUGACCCUGAUAAAGUUGUGGAGCUCUUGCAUGCCUUCAUGUCUAAACAGUAUGACACAUUGGCAAAUCGUAUCCUUUGGUUCGCUCCCAUCGUUCAUCAAGAACCUGUGCCUCUUUCUAAUAUUUCUGUACUCACAGAUAAACUCAAUGGUCUCUCAGAAAGCCUUGAUUCAGGGAUGACAAUCGAACCUGCGUAUAUCCUCGAGGGUAGCCUUAAUGUUCUCGUUCAAACCGGUUUACCUUUUACUGAUCUGGAAGUCUCACUUGUUCAACAGACUGCUAUCAACUCGGCUGGUCAUAUGGGUCGUUUUAUGACUGACGUACAUCAAAUUGUUAUCUCAAACGAUUUCUGGGAUCAGCUGAAUGAUAUGGUAGCUCUACCAUAUGAGAAGAUCAUCAGCUAUGCUGAGAGAGGUAAUGCAACUGCUGAAGGGGACGAAUCUGUUAAUUUGGAAGCUAUUGAGCCGCCUUGUCUUCAUCGAAUUCUUGCAGCUGUAAAUAGUGAGAGUAAACUCCUAGGCAUUGCUCUGACGGACACAUGGGAUCUCAAAAAAGUUCCACUCUCUCGAAAGCGCAAAACACUCAAAUUCGAGAAUUUGCAAAGAGGUCCUCUUCAACUCUCUGAUACUGACCGCACAUCUGUCGUAAAUGAAAACCUACCGAUUGAUCUGGACUCCUAUGCGGCACUUGAACAGAUUCUGGAAGAAGUUACCACCAUUAGAGCAGCUGAUGAUGAAGAAGAGCCGAGUAAUAUUCGCACAUCUCCUCAAAUUGGUCGUAUUCAUCUCAUGGACUGUUUCCUCAUGAAGCCAAACAGUAGGAAGGAUGCUCUCAUUUUGGUAUGCUAUGAACCGAGUGCUAGUCCACCUAUGCCUACUCCUACACCGCAGGGCGCUAGUCACUUCAAGGUCUUCUCACUUGUGAGUGAAGAGAACUUCUUUUUUUCUCGUUUCGGUAUUACUUCAGAUGCUCCUGCACUUAUGGAUGGGAUGUUCACUGCUGAUCCUGAAGCACUUAUUGAAAGAAAAGCUGUUGCUCUCCUUCCAGAUCUUGUUUUUGAUAAUCUUCGAUCGAUUGCCCUGAGAGAAGUGGUUGCUUCGAGUGGAACAGCAAUAGUGAAUGCUGUUUUGACAAAUAUUAAUACCGAUGCAGAGACACCUAGCAUCUAUCGAUGCUCAAAGUUCAUUCUUGUUGACAGUCAAAGACGUGUUCCUUUGGCUAUUGUCUUUGAAGUGCCUAUUCGUCUCUCUUGGAUACUCGAUUCGGAUGAAUGUGCUGUUAGACCUCUUGAUAUUUCCUCUCUUAAUGCGGAAUUUUCAUCCGUUACAGCUGAUGCUCUAGCUGAAAUGGAGCCGAAAUUCACUCCGGAUAUUACUGAAUGCCGUCUGGUGGUUAUCAAUGGUCUUCUGUAUGCUCUGCAAGUGGAUGAGAACCGGGUUCUUCAAAGAAUUGUUGAACUAAUUCCUGCUGGUUAUGGUAAUGCAACUGGUCAUCCCGAUCAUGCAGCUUUAGCUCCACAAGCAAUAACUGGAGAUAGUCGUGCUUGUUCUGCUUUUCUUAAGAUUUUCAACGAAGAAAGCUCAACCUCAUCAGUCUUUCCAGCUGUCUAUCUCCCGCAUUUCGGUCAACAGACCCUUGUUGAUCAGGUCGUAAGUUUCUGCGAUGAGUUGGUAGAUCACAUCUACACAAGCCCCGUCUCAUUCUCACUUUACGACGUAGUUUUCCGCAUGGCUGUUAAGCAUACACCUAAAAUGCUUGCUAGACAACACAGGGAAGCAGCAGAAUCUGUUGCAGCAGCUUCUGCAGAAGCAAAUCCAAAUGAUCCACCUCCUCCACCAAUUCCUAUGCCCGAACACUGGGGAGUGUGCUCUGUCUGCUCAAAGGAACUUCAUUCUGUUUCUGGUCUGCUUGAGCACGAAUUGAGGCAUAUUGGUUUGACCAAAUUCCGGUGCCCUAUUCACGGUCGCUGUUUCAAUGAUCGUAGAGCACUUCUUAAUCACAUGCAAGAGCACAAUGAUACUUCAGUGAGGCUUGAAGAUGAAGAUGGGGCAAAUGAAAUGGGGGCUGGAGAAGAGGAUAUCAAAUUCUUCCCGGGCCUUACAAAUGUCUUCGCACGAAGUUCACUUCUCACUUAUCGUAUGGAGUCACCUCAAUGUGAGAACUGUUUCGACUUCUUCCCUACGGCUGAUGUCAUGGCUCAGCACAUGGAAAUUUGUGAUGGCAUCUCUUUCAGCACCCGUAGUCCUCUUGAACAGGCUGAAUCGGAUCUUGUUUCGGCUGAUGGUACGCCUAAAUCCAUCUGCGGUGUCUGUGGUCAAGCUGUAGAUGAUAUUAAGCAGCACUUUACGGAUGUUCAUCUCACUUGUGUUCUGUGUCUGGCACAGUUGCAUACCAUUGAAGAAUUGUCCUAUCACUACAAAGAGCACAUCGAGCAUGAAAGUCAGGUGUCAAAUGAAGUUAUUGGUUGUGUUACUUGUCACAAUUUCUACGGCACAACGCAUAAUUUCUACUUCCAUCAGUGGGCAGAACAUGGAGUUAUUUUCAAAGUCGAUCCUAACACUGGCCAAAUGGGCCCUGUUCAAGUUCGAGCUCCAAGGAACAGAAGUGCUGAUGAUGAGGGAGUCAACACAAGACUCAAAUGCAAGUUCUGUCAGUUUGUCUGUCCAUGCUCGGGCAAGCAGUAUGUUGAUCACUUGCAAUCUGCCCAUGAUAUUGAAUCCGAUGUUAGUCUUGUGUGCCGUUUCUGUGCGGAGAUAUUCGGCACUCUUGAGGAACUUUCUGACCAUCUUCAAUUACAGCAUGCUCCGCUGUCAGAGUAUAACAACGCUGGUCCACAGACUGUCUAUCGAUGUGAUGAAUGUAAAACUACUCCUUUCUACGCCUUCCAUAAAGGAAUGUUAGACCAUGCUCAGGCAGUGCAUAAUAAUGCAACUCCCAAUAUGUAUGAAUGUCCUCAUUGUAGAGAGCGUUUUUCUGAUCGUAGAGCUCACAGACAACACGUGGAGAAGCAUGUUGAAGGGGUACUGCAUCCAUGCCCUGAAUGCAGCCGAGAAUUCCGUUCAAAGCAGGCUCUCAAUCAUCACAUUCAGAUGCGUCAUGAUACGGAGGAGCUGGAUGACGGGCCGGCUACUUGCGAGCAGUGUGGUAUCACCUAUCCCAAGAGGUCUGCCCUAAAAUACCACAUUGCUCGAAUGCAUAACUUGGAACUGCUUCACCAGUGUCCUGUGUGCCAACAGCGUUUUCGAAUUGAAACCUAUUUGCGUCGCCAUAUGAAAGAGACGCACAGUGGACCGAUCAAAUGUGAGAUUUGUCACAAACAGUGCGCCAAUUUGCGUUGCUACUCCCAACAUAGACAUAAACACUUUAGAGAUAAGAUCUUCCAGUGUACCGAGUGUUCAGUUUCCUUCAAGAGUAAGACUGCUAUGCGUCGACACGUCCGUGUUGAACACAUGCAGUUGGGUCCCGAGAAGUUUGAGUGUCAGAUCUGUGGAAAGAUUGUAACUCAAAUUGGGAUGCACAUGUUGACCCACAAAGAUGCUCGCUUCAAGUGUAUGUACUGUGACAAACAGUUCACAAAAUCGGUCUACUACAAUGAGCACCUUCGUAUUCACUUAGGUCAACUGCCUUUCGAAUGUCACAUUUGUGGUCGUCGAUUUAACAAGAAAUCGAAUCUCAAUGUCCAUCUCAGAUUCCAUGAGAAACAUCGGGAUGAAGAUGGGAAUUACCUUCAACUGAAAGCCCGCGGACGGGUGAGUAUUAUGUUUGGUGAUGCAAGUCUGACACCCGAGGAGAGAGCAGCUAAGAACGCAGCUCUGAAGAACAAGUCCAACAAGCCAACCCAGACUGUCGCCGUUGGUCCCGACCUUCCAGGUGCCUUUAAUGUGGGAGGAGCAGCUGGAGCUGCAUCUGAUGCUUGCGCGAGAGCUUGUGGAGGUCACCUUUCCGACGUAAUUGGGUUAAGGCCAAUCAAUAAUGGUGGCGGUGAACACUACGAUAAUAGUUCUCAUCAGUAA